AGAGUAACGCGCUGGAGAGGAAGUAGUAACAGGUGCUGCUUGCCAAGGUGAAUUUGGAGGUGUGGAAGAGAGCUGAAGAUCAUGGGGAAAUCAAACAGCAAGCUGAAGCCAGAGGUGGUGGAGGAGUUAACAAGAAAAACCUACUUUACCGAGAAAGAGGUGCAGCAGUGGUACAAAGGCUUCAUCAAGGAUUGUCCAAGUGGGCAGUUGGAUGCUGUGGGCUUUCAGAAGAUAUAUAAACAGUUCUUUCCCUUUGGAGAUCCCACGAAGUUCGCCUCAUUUGUCUUUAAUGUUUUCGAUGAAAAUAAGGAUGGACGCAUAGAGUUCUCUGAAUUCAUUCAGGCCUUGUCUGUGACAUCCCGGGGAACCCUGGACGAGAAACUGAGAUGGGCUUUUAAAUUAUAUGAUCUUGACAAUGAUGGCUACAUAACCCGUGAUGAGAUGUUAAACAUAGUUGAUGCCAUAUAUCAGAUGGUGGGAAACACUGUGGAGUUGCCAGAGGAAGAAAACACACCAGAAAAACGAGUGGACCGUAUUUUUGCUAUGAUGGACAAGAAUGCAGAUGGGAAGCUGACUCUGCAAGAGUUUCAGGAAGGUUCCAAGGCAGACCCCUCUAUUGUUCAGGCACUGUCACUCUAUGAUGGACUGAUGCCCAGUUCAGCGUCCUCCCCGUCACACGCCGAUGCGGCACCAUCACACCGUCGUGGGCUGAAGUCUCAUAUAGCCUAAACACCCAGAAGUGGACCACAAACUUUUGUCGCACGGCCAUCCAACUUCUGUGUCCAGAUACAUUUCCAGUGAGGA